CUAGUAAGUUCUUUUUCUUAUUAUUCUCUUCAACUGUCACGAUGCGGACCUAGCAAGUGGGCUGCUAAUGUGGAUAUAUCAUCACCUCAUUAUUCCAACAUCUAUACGAUACGGCUAUGAACAAAUUAACGACUUUCGUUGUCACAGCGUUCAUCAGCAUAGCCAUAAUCAUCAUACCACUUAUCAUUUAUCUUUAAUUGACAACAAGUCUUCCACGAGCCAGACUCCAAUCUAACCAUAUCACCAGCAAUUAAUCCCUCUAAUAGACCAGACCAGCAUUAAAGAUCAUAUCUAACUUCCUAGAAUGUCUAUUCUUUCACCUCGAGACGCAGAGUCUCUGCUUGCAUCUGGCCUUCUCAGUUCACCCGACAUGGAUGGCAACCGCAGGAUUCAUAUCCGUCGACUCAAUAGAUCAAGCGACGAAGAAUAUUCCGAUGUGCCCCUAGAUCCCAUUUCAACAACGACGUCAACUAUGUUCCGCACUAUCCCUGAGAAUCUUAUAUCACUAGCAACCCUUAGAUACCUUGGGUUCAAUGAAGAAACAGCAACAUACAUAUGGCACCGAUGGACAAAUUGGCCACCAGGACCCAUAGUCAGAGAAACAGACGAUGAUCGGGGGGCUGACUUUGUGAUGACCUUCAUCGAUUUUGCUACCGACCAUGUGACAGCGAAACGAGAACUUGACGCAUUUGAAGACCGGAACUUAGAUUGGUUCAAUUUCAUGGAUGAAUGCGGUAUAUGUCCCGAACUUGUCAAUCACAUUAUGGAUCCUGUCUUCAAGGAUAUUCGCCUUACACAAUCUUGUCUCUUCUGGGUUAAAGAUACGAUGGAGUUGCGAUACCGUGGCUUGCAAGAAGUACAAAAGGCGUCGCAUGAGAGAGCGAUGAGUCUCGGCCAAGAAACCUCGCGAUCUGACGAAUUAGGAUCCAGAGAAGGCGCAACAUCGUCCAGGGGCGGUUUCGGUUCAGCACGAGCCACAUGA